UUCGCGGCCUGAAGAGAUCAGUUUACGAAAAAAGCUCGAUCUUAGUGUCCGCGAGCGCUUGUGUCGCGUCUGGAUUUUGCAUUUCCUUCCCCUGUAUUUAUUCCAUACUAAAACACUAAAUCACCAUGGGUGGCAUGACUCAGAGACCGUGGACUCCUACCAGGAGGCGUGGGCCAAUUGCUGCCGAGUAUAGCAGUCCAGGGCCGGCUUGUGUGUCCUUACCGUCUUACAUAGGCAAAAAACCACUAGAAGCGAAAACAGGCAGCGCUCCAGCCUUUAGCUUUGGCGGAAAGCCCAAUGGGAAAUUAGAAAGUGUCGGACCAGGUCCUGGACAGUACAACGUAACCGGACUUAGCGCUAAGGGCAAAGACAAUCCACCAGCUCUAAGUCUACACAGCAGACCAAAAGACCCUAGAGCGGACAACUUCCCAGCUCCAGGGGACUACGAUCCAGAUAAGGCCGAAAAAGUGAUCCACGAUAACUCGCCAAAGUACACAUUUGGGUUAAAGACCAAUACGGGAAAACCUUUGGAUACUCCGGCCCCUAAUGCUUAUAACACCAUUGUGCGUACAAACAGACAUCGCUAUUCAUUCGGAAGAAGAACUACAACGAUGAAACCCUCAGACACGCCUGCACCGAAUGUGUAUAAUGUGCCCGAAUCUGAAAAGCGUUUGCAUGACCACGCACCAAAGUACAGUUUUGGAGUUAAAACACCCACUGAAAAACCUUCUGACACGCCUGCACCCAACGUGUACGAUGUUCCCAGGGCAGAUGGUGCCUUGCAUGAAAAUUCGCCCCACUACAGUUUCGGAAAUAAAGUCAAUUUGGAAAAACCACUGGACACCCCCGCUCCAAAUGUUUAUAACAUCCCGUCUGUAGUCGGAGAUAAGAAAAACGCUCCGGCAUUCACCAUUUCAGGGAGGAACAAGGAGCCCAUCGACGAAAGAGUAAAAAAUCCGGGACCGGGACAAUAUAACAACGUGGACCCCGAGCAUUACAAAAUUCACACCCCCGCCUAUACUAUCAGCGGACGGAUAAACAUUCCAAAAGACGACAACAUUCCUGGGCCUGGAGUGUACUCGCCCGAAAAGGUGGUACUAGAAUAUCCUCCGGCCCACAGUUUCGGGAUCAGACACUCGCCCUACGCUGAACACUAUUAAGAACUGAGAACGAAUAAUAAAACCGAUCGACUGCCAUCUUCGCAUUAUACGAAUUUCGCUGACCGAGAUGCAGAUUUUUUCAGAUCACUGUGUAUAAAAUUUUCGCGCUUUACUAAGUCGGUACAUCGUAAGAGGAAGUGGAUGCUUUUUUAACAACCAGCUUGCUAACUAUUUGAUUCGCAUUAAAUGUGAUAUACUCGAAAUUACGUUGCAGAUCAGGAAGUCCAAAAACUAAAUAAAUGAGUUCACUUUUUGGUCCGCAUUGUAGUGGAGUUAAAUUUUGCGUGCGGGUGGAAAACAGUGCUUCAGAUAACGUACGCACCCUUCUUUUUAUAGAGACGAUAAUAAUCAAUAAUUUGUAAACACAGUUUUAAUUUUUUAAAUAAACAUUUUAAAAAG